AUGAGGAGGUUUAGCGCCUUCACUUACUCCAUAUGGAUUAGUGUUCUACUUGUUGGAAUAUUACUUGAAAUGACGCUUCUACCUAAAUUUAUAACGGAUAAAAUAGAGAAACAUCGGAAGUGUAAAAUUGAAAAUAUGGUUGUUAAUACUAGAGCAAUUCCAGAUGAAUUGUGUGAGGAUGGUAAGCACAGUGUAGCUGUUUACUAUUCUAAUUGGUCGGUAUACGAACCUAGGUUACAUUUCCCUCACGACGUUGACUUUGACAAAUUAACGCAUGUCUACUAUGCGUUCUUUAUCGUCGAUGAAAAGACUGGUAAGGUCAAGUCGAGUGAUGAGUGGGCAGACUUCCAAAUCGAACUAAAGCAUCCCACUUUUAAAACUGCUGUGCCAGGUGCGCUUGGUGAACUCAAUCACUUUAAGACUACGGGAGGAAAAGACUUUAAAUUGAUUAUGUCGAUUGGUGGCUGGACCAACCGUGAUGCUUUCCCCAAGAUGGUGCGCUGUGAAAAGAAAUUACAGGAAUUUGUGAAUACAUCUAUAAGUGCUAUGUUCGAAUAUGGGUUCGACGGUAUUGAUUUGGACUGGGAAUUCCCUAAGGACGAUGGUUAUGAGCCUGGUAUGUAUUUAGAAAUGUGUGCCAGGUUACGUACCAGAAUGGAUGAGCUCGAGGAUCAAAUCUGGGGUCCUGACAACGUCCACCAUCCUCGCUUCCAUUUGAGUAUGGCUACGCCAGCUUUUGGCAAGUCUUUACAUCCUUUACAAGUCACUGAGAUGAACAAGUACAUUAGCACUUGGAACAUGAUGACAUAUGAUUUCCAUGGUAGCUGGUCUGAUAGAACUGGUUAUCAUAGCAAUCUCUAUAACUCCGAGAACAGUCCAAAUAAAUCAUUGCACAAGAGACGUUUCGAAAACAUGGGUAUUGAAGGCGAUGAUGGUCUCAAUGCACACGAUGCAAUAACUUCCAUGAUUGAAAAGUUCCAUAUCAGCCCAAGAAAACUAAGCUUGGGUAUGGCUGCUUACGGUCGUGGAUUUACCAAUGUCGACGGUACAGAAGAAGAUCAUCUCGGCAAAACGUACAAAGGUAAUGGUGGUGCUUCCGAAGGAGAACCAGGAAUCUGGCAAUAUAACCAAUUGCCUAUUGAAAACUCUCAAGAGAAGUUUGACGACGUCUGGGUUUCUGCGUACUGCUUUGAUCCAAAGAUCAAGACCUUUGUUGGUUACGACAAUGUGCAAUCAAUGGUAAGCAAGCGUGAGUACGUUAAAGCACACAACCUAGGCGGUGGAUUCUGGUGGGAAUCUUGUGGUGAUGAUCACAAGAAUCCUAAGAGAAACUUGUUGAAUGCUUUCAGUGAGGAUAUUGAAUUAGGGAAGGAAGGUUCUGUGUAUAACGAUCCAGCCUUGGUUGACUAUUACUUGAAGACGUUACCCAAAGGUUUCUUGGUACCCUUGAUGAAUGAAAUAAAGAAGAACACUUCCCAUUGA